CGGCCGCCAACGCCUUCCUGGACCUGGUGGUGCUGGUGUGCAGGACGCUGGAGCGGUUCAGCGCCGAGCGGCACGCCGCCGACUGAGGCCGGCCACCUGCCGCCGUCCGCCGCGGUCUGCCGCCGGCCGGUAUGGCGCUCCGCUGCCGGUGGAGCGUGCGGAGGUGGGCCGCGCGUCUGGCAGCUGCCCGCCGGCCGCUUUUCACCGAGACCGGCGUCUGGGAGGAGCUGACUGACGCCGAGCGGCUGGCGGCCGAGCGGCGCUGGCUGGACGUGGUCAGCGAUCCGGGCUCGGCGGCGCGGCCGGACGCCGACCUCACCGGCUCCGCCUAUGUACUGGCCAUGUUCCCGUACCCGUCCGGCCGGCUGCACAUGGGCCACGUGCGUGUGUACGCCAUCAGCGACGCUGUGGCGCGCUUCCACCGGCUGCUGGGCAAACAGGUGGUACACCCGAUGGGCUGGGACGCGUUCGGUCUGCCGGCCGAGAACGCGGCGCUGGAGAGGGGCCUGGCGCCCGACCGGUGGACGCGCCAAAACAUCGGACACAUGCGCGGCCAGCUGCGCCGCAUGGCGGCCGCCUUCGACUGGGACCGCGAGCUGGCCACCUGCCAGCCCGACUACUACCGCUGGACUCAGUGGCUCUUCCUGCGGCUGCACCGCGCCGGCCUCGUCUACCGGCGACAGGCGCUGGUCAACUGGGACCCGGCCGACGGCACGGUACUGGCCGACGAGCAGGUGGACGCGCGCGGCCGCUCGUGGCGCAGCGGCGCGCUGGUGGAGCGCCGCCUGCUGCGCCAGUGGUUCGUGCGCACCACCCGGUUCUCGGAGCGGCUGCUGCGCAGCCUGGACUCGCCCGAGCUGCGCGACUGGCGUGACGUCAUCCAGCUGCAGCGACACUGGAUCGGACCCUGCGACGGCUGGCGCUUCGAGCUCCAGGUGGAGCGGUGCGACCCGGACGACUCGGCGCCGCCGCCGGAGCCGCUGCUGCUCUGGGUGGCCGACCCGGCCCGGCUGCCCGUCGCCGCCUUCAUUGCGCUGCGGCCCGAGCACCCGCUGGCGGCCGGCGCCGCCGAGCGCACCGGUCUGGCGGCGCGCUGUCCGGCCAGCGGGCGCCGGCUGCCGCUGCUCGUCUCGGCGCGGCUGGCCUACCCGGAGGGCGCGGACGCGCUGCUCUGUGACGCCGCGGACGGGCCGGAGGCGGCGCGGCUGGCCGGCCUGCUGGCCGAGGACGGCCGCCCGCCGCCGGGCCCGCCGCUGACGGCCGCCGAGGUGGUGGCGCGCGGCGGCGGCUACCGCUGCUCCAGCCACCUGCACGACUGGCUCAUCUCUCGGCAGCGCUACUGGGGCACGCCGAUCCCGGUGGUGCACUGCGCGCGCUGCGGCGCCGUGCCGCUGCCCGAGAGCCGGCUGCCCGUCACGCUGCCGGCGCUGCCCGAGCAGCGGGUGCCGGGCCGAUCGCCGCUGCAGGCGGCCACCGACUGGCUCAACACCCAGUGUCCCAGCUGCGGCGGCCCGGCGCAGCGCGAGACGGACACGAUGGACACGUUCGUGGACUCGUCCUGGUACUACCUGCGCUUCCUGGACGCGCGCUACGAGCGGGCGCCGUUCCGGCCGCAGCAGGUCAACCGCCACCUGCCCGUCGAUAUCUACGUCGGAGGCAAGGAGCACGCCGUGCUCCACCUGUAUUACGCCCGGUUCAUGCACCACUUUCUGCGCGCCGAGGGACUGGUGGCCGCCGAGGAGCCGUUCGCGCGCCUGCUGGUCCAGGGCCAGGUGAUGGGACAGAGCUACCAGGUGACGGAGACGGGACGCUACCUGCCGGCCGACCAGGUCACCACCACAGACUCUGGCGAUGUGGUCUGUGCCGAGGACGGCCGGCCGGUCACCGUGCAGUGGGAGAAGAUGUCCAAGUCCAAGCACAACGGCGUUGACCCGGCCGGGGUGAUGGACCAGCUGGGCGCGGACACCAUGCGGCUGCUGAUGCUGGCCACCGUGGCUCCCACCUCGUCCCGGCGCUGGUCACAGGACACGUUCCCGCCGCUGCUGGCCUGGCAGCGCCGGCUCUGGCUGACGGUCGGAGAGCUGGUGCGGCCGGCCGCCGGCGCCGGCGCGCCCUCCGCCGCCGAACUGGCGCGACACGAGGCACAAAUGAGGGAGGAGCGAAACUACUUCGUGCGCACCGUGACGCACAACUUCCAGGAGACGCACCAGCUGAGCGUGGCCAUCUCGCGCCUGCAGGGACUCACCACCGCGCUGCGGCGCCGGCCGGCCUGGUACCGGGCGCUGGGCGGCGAGUACCAGCGCGCGCUGGGCGACCUCAUCAUCAUGUGCUCGCCGGUGAUGCCGUGUCUGUGUGCCGAGAUGUGGGCCGGCUUCUGCGCGGCCAGUCGCCACGGCCACCCGGAGCACCGCCUGGACCUGACUGUGAUGCAGCAGCGCUGGCCGGCGGUGGACGCCGACGCCCUCCUGGAGCUCGUUGUCGAGCUGAACGGGCAGCAGGCGGCCACUGUGUGCCUGCCGCGCCGCCAGCUGGACGCGCUCACCGAACCGGAGGCGCUGCGGCUGGCGCGCGCCCAGCCGGCCCUGGCGCGCCACGCGGCCGGCGCGGCGGCGGCCGGCCAGCUGCUGCUGCAGCCCGGCCUGGGCGCCCUGCUGCGCCUCAGCACAGAGCACCGCCGGCCGCCGGACGACGACGACCCCGCGCGGCGCGAGGUACUCCGCCAGAGACAGGAGAGGAAGGCGGCCAAAAAGGAGCGGCGCCAGCAGAGGCGGCUCAGAAAGGCAGAGCGCGAGGAACGGUGAGGCGCGGCGGCGCCACUGCCGCCGCGGCAGUGGCAGUGUGGACCCGGCAAACCCUGUGAGACGUCCGUGUGACUGUGAGACUGUGGAAGACGGCUCCGGUGGCCGGCUGUGAGCUGAAUACAGUGUGUGACCAGC